AUGUUUGGUAAAUUAAGAUAUUACAUAUUAGUAUUCAUAUAACUUUUUCACAGGACUAAUGUCUCAAGAUCCUCUAAACAUUGAUGAGUCCUCGAACGUGGAUGACAAGGCACCUUUGUGGAUCUAUGUGAACAAAAUUGAGAAGUUAGCUGGAGGAGGAUCAUGGAGGUUUGAAUGCAAGUUCUGCAGUAAUUCAUAUGUUGGAUCUCAUAGUAGAGUUAUGACUCAUCUGCUGCAAGAGGGAAAAGGAAUUAAAGGAUGCUUGAAAGUCACUCCUCAACAAAGAGUUAACCUGAAAAAGCUAGUUGAUAAUUGCAAAGAGAGGUUAAAGCGUGCAGCUCCCAAAGCAGUUCCACUUCCUUCGUCAUCAAGGAACAUGUCUAGUUCUUCUCUUGAUUAUGAUAUGAGCUACAAAGUUCCAAAUGCAACUGAGUCUGAUCCAAAGAAGAGAAAAGGUAUGGGUCCUUUGGAAAAAGCAUUUCAGAAUGAAGCUAGGGAGCAAUGUGAUGGGGAGGUAUCUAGGAUGUUCUACACAGGUGGUCUGUCUUUUAACCUUGCAAGAAAUCCUCACUACCGCAAUUCAUAUGUGCGUGCUUCCCAAAUUCCAGGAUAUGUUCCACCCGGGUAUAAUGCAUUGAGAACUACACUUCUUCAAAAGGAAAGAAAGAACAUUGAGAUGCAUUUGCAACCUUUGAAGAACACAUGGAAACAAAAAGGAGUGAGUAUAUGUAGUGAUGGUUGGUCAGAUCCACAACGGAGACCAAUAUUUAACUUUAUUGCUGCAAAUGAGAGUGGUCCAAUGAUGUUAAGGGCGAUCAAUACUCAUGGUGAGACAAAAACCGGUGAGAUGAUUGCAGAGCUGAUCAUAGAAGGCAUAAAGGAGGCUGGGCAUGAAAAUGUGGUUCAGGUUGUCACUGACAAUGCUUCAAACUGUGUAAAAGCUGGUGCGCUUAUUUCAGCCAAGUUUCCUACUAUUUUUUGGACACCAUGUGUGGUUCAUACCUUGAACCUUGCUCUGAAGAAUAUAUGUUCACCAUUACUGAGCACAAGAAAUAAUGAAGCGGUGUAUGAUGCUUGUUACUGGAUAAAGUCUGUCAGUGAAGAUGUGAAUUGGAUCAAGAAUUAUAUUAUGAAUCACGGGAUGAGGCUUGUAAUGUUCACUGAGCAUUGUGAUCUUAAGCUCCUAACAAUUGCUUCUACAAGGUUAGUUUUCUAUAUUUUUAAUUGAGAGCUUACUUAUAUUCUUAAUUUUUAAGUUAAUAAUCAUUAGUUUUAUUUUUACAGGUUUGCUUCCACGGUUGUAAUGUUAAAGAGAUUCAAAAAAAUAAAGACCGGGUUACAACAAAUGGUGAUCAGUCCUAAAUGGGAUGAUUAUAAAGAAGACGGUGUAGAGAGAGCAUCUGCAGUGAAGAAAAAGAUAUUAGAUGAGUUGUUUUGGGAGGAGCUUGAAUAUGCUUUAUCUUUCACUUUGCCCAUCUAUAGCGUGAUUAGAACUGCUGAUACUGAUAAACCUUCUCUUCAUCUGGUUUAUGAAUUGUGGGAAAGUAUGAUUCAGAAUGUCAAGAGAGCUAUCUUCAAAAAAGAAAGGAAACAACUUAAUGAAGAUUCCGUCUUUUGGACUGCGGUGCACUCGAUUUUGACUUCUCGCUGGAGUAAGAGUAAUACUCCUCUUCAUUGUAUGGCACAUUCUCUAAACCCCAAGUAAGUUUAUAAAUCUGUUUUUAUUCUGUUUUUCUUAUCAACUAAGAUUUUAAUUGUUAUAUAUUUUUGUCGGAUCAGUAAGAUUUUUGUUGGAUGCAGGUACUAUAGUUCAGAGUGGCUUGCAGAAGAAGACAGUAGAAAAGCUCCACAUCAAGAUUUGGAGGUUACUAGAGAAAGAAAAAAUUGCAUAAUCAAGUAUUUUCCAAAUCAAGAUGAAAGGAGAGAGGUUAACGUUGAAUAUUCUAACUUCUCUUUAUGCAUGGAGGACUUUGGUAGUGUUGAUGUGAUUCAUGAUAGGUUUAUCUUAGAACCUUUGAGAUGGUGGGCAGUUCAUGGAUCUUCAGCACCAAAACUUCAAAUCUUAGCAUUCAAGUUACUUGGACAACCAUCUUCAUCCUCAUGCUGCGAAAGGAAUUGGAGUACAUACAAGUUCAUUCAUUCUGCUAUAAGAAACAAGAUUGUUCCCCAAAGAGCUGAAGAUUUAGUAUUUGUGCAUACUAACCUCCAUCUUCUAUCAAGAAGGAGCUCUGCUUAUAAAGAAGGCCCUAGCUGUAUGUGGGAUGUAGGAGGUGAUUAAUUUGAUUCGCUGGAUGAGAUUAAUUUGGGAAGACUUGAGUUUGAAGAUCUUUCUCUUGAUGAACCAGAAUUGGAAGCUGUUUUGUUUGGUGGAGAUGGGGAAAAUGAGAACAAUGAUGAGUUCGAUAUUUGACUUGAAGCUUGAAUUUUUUUUUUAUGUUAUGUUGGUUUUUUUUUGUUAACUUUUAUGUUGAACUUUAGUAUUUAAUUUAUGUGUUGGAUUUUUAUUAUUAAAUUUUUUUAUUU